GAUUUGGCCCAAACAAUAUUCCUAGUUACUGGAACAGAUGAUGAAGGGCUGUAGGAUUUGGAGGGAGGAUUUGUUGAAGAUAAAGAAUGCCAACAAUUGGUGCUAAUAUUGUGAAGUUUUUACUCAAGGUAUUGUUUGUCAUGGUGCAUACUGAUGCAUUUUCCUGUCCUAUUGAAGAAAACUUCAUUCUAGGAUCUGACCAAUCUUGCUGCAAACCUAUACAGUGUUUGGAAAAUCAAGGCUACAGACUGUGUUCUAACGUUGAUUCUCUGGGAUAUGAUACUUGUUAUGACUGUCCACCCGGAACUAUAAAUCGUGAAACACCAGUAAAUACAGCAAAUUUCAGAUUUCGAGAUUUUGACUUCUGUACCAAAAUCAACUGUGAUUGUCUUCCUGAAGCAGAACUUCAAAAUAGAGAGGAAUGUGAGAAAACUGGUGACAAGAUCUGUGUCUGUAGGAGGCAGGACCGUUACUAUGGUGAUGACCCUGGAGCAUGUAAAGGACCAAUCAAUGAUAAGAUCAAAGUGAAAAAGAUCAGACAACCAGGAUUUGAAUUAAAAAUCACAGGAGAAGUUGACAAGUGUGAACUCGGAUUCUUCAAGAACAAAAGUGAUAGUUCUAUAUGUAUUCCUCAUACACAAUGCCCUAAUGGCUACCUAUCAGUUUUUAAUGGGUCUACAACUCAGGAUAGAGAAUGUCAGAGAAUCACCACCACCACACAACCAGAAACUACCACACAACCAGAAACCACCACACAACCAGAAACUACCACACAACCAGAAACCACCACACAACCAGAAACUACCACACAACCAGGUACCACCAAACAACUAGUCACCACAAAAAUGCUAGAUAACACUACACUGCAACCAGUCACUAUCUCAAAAACUGUUGUUAUUUUUACAACACCAAUGCUUGCAGGAAAGAGAGUUAUAAAGGAGCCAGAUACUUCUGUUGGAGAUGACAGCUCUACACCUGACCCAGGUUCUGGAAAUAAUCAACCAGAAGAAGGUAGUAAGGAUUUAGUCUGGGUAGCAAUUGGUGUUGGUAUGCCUAUAGGAUUAAUUGUUGUACCUGUGUGUAUAUAUUACUGCUGUAAAAGUAGGAAGAAACUGGAAAAACUUCAGCAGCCAGAACAAAGCAAAGACAUAGAACUAAACAAGAUACAUGUACCAGUUGAAAAACCAGCAGUUAGUUGUCCAGAUAUUAACAAUAUAACAAAUGAUAAAGAAGCAGUCAAUAUGUCAGAAAAAGAACCUUUGUUACAUAUAACUGUAGAUGAUGAAACAGUGCACAUUGAAGAAGUAGAUAGGCAAAGCAAUGCAAGUUUUGUGGGACCAGAUAGAGUUAUAAAGCAGUUUACAGAGGAAAUACCUAACUCCAGUUACCAGAAAACAGCUCUCAGUGUUGAAGAUAUGGAUAGUGAGACAGUGACUUAUCAAGUCAUAAUACAGUGCAAAGAGCCAUCUCAACAAAGUGAUGUACAGAGUAUACCAUCACAUGAUUCUGCCAACUUAAACACUGCAGUAAAAGCACAAAACUUUUCAGUUUGUGAAGAUGAAUCUCCAAAAGUUAAAAAGAUAACUGUUGAAAAGCAAAAGAGUGAUCCAACUAACAUAGUACAAAUGGCAGAGCCCUGUUCAAUACCUAAUGAUAUAGUCCAAAUGGAAAAUCCCCCCAUUAUUUUUUUAGCUCCAGACACUUCACCUCUGGUCUUUCCUAGUGACCCUCAGCCACCUUUGACCUUUCCUAGUGACCCUCAGUCAACUCUCACCUUUCCUAGUGACCCUCAGCCACCACAUUCUAUUGGUUCUCUAAGGAGUGAUGAAAAGUACUCACACUUGUCUCUUAGUUCUCUAAAUGGAGAUCAGCAUAUAGUUCCAGCAGACAGUGACUAUGGAACAGGAUCUUCAACAAAAAAUAAUUCCAGAACUUUAGACUCGUUAGAUUCAUCAGGAAAUUAUUCAGACUUGCAUUUGUCCUCAUUACAAAGUAACAAGGGAAAUCUCAGACCAGGCCAGCCAAACAAGACAGUAGUCCCACCUCAGCAAGAAAGUCAUCAGAACAUUAACAAUCCAAAAGUUGUUGCAAUUGUGUCACCUUAUAGAAGAGAUGAAAAAGGCAACUUGAAGAUUGUUGAUGAGGAACAGACUUAUUCCAAGACACCAUAGUUCAGGUCUGGUACAAUCAUUAGAUUUAGCUACGUAGCUUGACUUACCUACAUAGCUUUAUUUACCUACCUGGGGUAGCUUUAUUUAGCUACCAAAUCAAUUUAUUUCUACAAGAAAGCAUUUUUCUUAGGGUGUGCAGAAAAUAUGAUUUUGAUGCAGUGAUUAUUUU